UAUUUCGUUAUAUCGUUUCGUUUAUUUGUUUGUUUGUUGUUAAUAAUACCAACAACGAAAAAUUGUGUUUAAUUUUGAAAACAUUCAUACUGGUAGUAUCAGUCAAUGUCUUGAUCGAGGGGUGUUAGCGUGUAUAGAAUUUUAACUUGUGUCUAUUGCUUCUUUUAAUAUUUUUUAAACGAAAGAUCGUAUCGCGAAAUUUUGAAAAACGCUUUAAUCUCUUAUCAGUUUAUAAUUUGACGCUGUUGAAAAAAAAAAAGAAAUAACAACAAUAAAUAGUGAAAAAGUUAGUGAAUGAGUGAGUGACUUCGUCCCACUUUAGGUCGUAAAACAACAAUAACCACACUUACGAUUAAAUUGAUUUGAUUUUAGCAAAAAUAUUGAAAAAAAUAAAGAAAUUAAAGUGCACAUAGAAAGUAUAGAAGCAGUGAAUUUAUGACACUUUUGUUUUAGUUCUUAUUCAAAGGGGCUCUAGUAAAGACGCUUCAAAUCCCAACAAAUAGUACAAAACUAAAGAGUCCCUUUUAAUAUAAAUAAAACAACAAAAUUAAUAAUAAAUUAAAUUUAAAAAAAAACAACAAAAUAAAAUAAAAUUGUUCUAAUCAGUGAUAUUUUUUUAUAUUUAUGAACGAAUAUAUUGAACUACCGUGGACCAUGCAUACUUCCAGUGGUGAUGAUGAGGCUUCUAAGGAUCCUCGUAUAGGGGAACAGGAUUUUACACAACAAUUUACAGAAAAUGAUUUUGAAGGACAUCGAGCACAUUCGGUUUAUGUGGGCGUACAUGUACCUGGCGGUCGACGCCACUCACAAAGACGACGCAAACAUCAUCACAGCAAAAGCGAGAGUAGCGGCGAUGAAAGACAACCGGAGGUGGAACGACCAGUAACCCCACCGGCACAACGUGUGCAAUUCAUAUUGGGCGAAGAUGCCGACGAUGGGACACACGUAUCACAUCCCCUAUUCUCCGAGUAUUUAACGUUGGUUAAAGAAGGUGACGAAAUCGAAUGGAAAGAAACAGCCAGAUGGAUUAAGUUCGAGGAGGAUGUUGAAGAGGGCGGUAAUCGUUGGUCAAAGCCACAUGUGGCCACUUUGUCAUUGCAUUCAUUGUUUGAAUUGCGUAGCCUACUGUUAAACGGCUCAGUGAUACUUGACAUGGAAGCCAAUAAUUUGGAUUUAAUAGCAGAUUUAGCCUGUGAGCACAUGGUCAAUGCCAGAGCCCUGCCGGCCGAAUCACGUGAUAAAGUUAAGGACGCUCUUUUAAGGCGUCAUCGUCAUCAGCAUGAGUACAAUAAGAAAACCAAAUUGCCAAUAAUACGCUCAUUGGCAGACAUUGGUCGCAAUCAGUCAUCAUCGAAAAAUUUACAUGCCUCUACACACUCUUUGCAUGUGAACGUGUCCUCAACAGGGCUAGACAGCAGUUCACAGCUACAAUUUGCCACCAGUAGAGAUCAGCGAGGUGGUUAUCUCGCUGUACCAACAGUGGAAGAUCAUAGUUUCUCAUCAGCACCGGGUUUGACAGCAACAUCACCCCUAUCACUUACGGCCAGUACGAAUGGAAAUAAAAGUGAUGACAUCAGUGCCAUGGCUGGACGUUUCUUAACUGUACCAGGUGGCACUAAAUCUUCAAAAAACCUAGUCGUGCCAAAUGAAGACAUGAUCAAAAGCCCCAGCAGUCAAUCGAUACAACGCAACAGCAGUGGCACAGAUUUGAGCGAUCAUCGUGGCAAUAUGAAUUUUAUGCGCAAAAUACCGGCCGGUGCCGAGGCCAGCAAUAUAUUGGUGGGUGAAGUGGAAUUCUUGGAUAAGCCUUUGGCUGGAUUUAUACGCUUAAAAGAAGCUUCCGUUAUGGGUGAUCUAACCGAAGUACCAGUUCCCACCAGAUUUAUUUUUAUUUUACUGGGUCCGCCUGGUAGCCAAAGUAGCUUUCAUGAAAUUGGCCGUGCCAUGGCUACACUUAUGUCCGAUGAAAUCUUCCAUGAAGUGGCCUACAGAGCACGUAAACGUGAUCACUUAUUGGCGGGUAUAGAUGAAUUUCUAGAUGCGGUUACUGUAUUGCCUCCUGGCGAAUGGGAUCCCACCAUACGCAUAGAACCUCCAGCUGCCAUUCCUUCACAAGAAAUUCGCAAGCGCCCACCAGAAGUUCCCAAAGAAGAGGUAGACGAAGAAGAGGAAGAACAACGUCUCAGAGAAGAGUCGGGCUUGUCGAGAUCGGGUCGUUUGUUUGGGGGUUUGAUAAAUGAUGUCAAACGCAAGGUUCCUUGGUAUUUGUCCGACUUUACUGAAGCUGUGUCCAUGCAGUGUGUGGCCUCUUGGAUUUUCUUGUAUUUUGCCUGUCUCUCUCCCAUUAUUACUUUCGGUGGCCUACUGUCCCAGGCCACUGGCAAAAAUAUGGCUGCCAUGGAAUCUUUAGUAUCUGGAUUUGUGUGUGGUAUGGGUUACGGUCUGUUCUCGGGUCAACCUUUGACCAUUCUGGGUUCCACUGGACCGGUGCUGGUUUUCGAAACAAUUGUUUAUGAUUUUUGUUUGAAACAAGGCUGGGAUUAUAUGACGUUCCGUUUCUGGAUCGGCACUUGGAUAGCAGUUAUAUUGCUUAUACUAACGGCCAUAGAUGCUAGUGCUUUAGUGUGCUACAUAACCCGUUUCACCGAGGAAAACUUUGCCACUCUUAUUGCAUUUAUAUUUAUAAUGAAGGCUGUUGAAAAUGUUUUAAAAAUCGGUAAAAAGUUUCCGGUUAAUACGGAUAUUUAUGAUUGCGUUUGUACUCCGCCAACGGGUAGUAAUGCCACCAUAUUGGAUUUUGCCAAAUACGAAAAAAAUUACUGUCUGGUUAACAAUGGCACUUUGGUGGGCUUAGAUUGUGAACAACCAGAUACCUCAAAUAUAUUCCUCAUGUCAGUCAUUUUGUUUUUGGGCACCUUUAUCAUUUCCACAAUUCUUAAAGAUUUCAAAAACGCCCUAUUCUUCCCUACUGUGGUACGUCAAUAUAUCAGCGAUUUCUCCGUAAUUAUUGCCAUUGUCAGCAUGAGCAUGUUGGACUUCUAUAUGAAGGUGGACACUCCCAAACUGGAAGUGCCACAUGAAUUAAAACCCACCUUGCCCGGCCGUGAUUGGCUUAUACCACCGUUUACCGAAAAUAAUCCGGCGUGGUCGGCAGUUGUGGCCGUGGUACCCGCCAUGUUGGGCACUAUACUCAUCUUCAUGGAUCAGCAGAUUACGGCCGUCAUUAUCAAUCGCAAAGAGAAUAAAUUGAAGAAGGGCUGUGGUUAUCACUUGGAUUUAUUCAUUUUGGCAAUUCUAAUACAAAUCUGCAGUGUUAUGGGCUUGCCUUGGUUUGUGGCCGCUACUGUUUUGAGUAUUAAUCAUGUUAAUUCUCUGAAAAAGGAAUCGGAAUGCUCAGCUCCCGGUGAAAAGCCACAAUUUUUGGGUGUUCGUGAACAGCGUGUUACACAUGUCCUGAUUUUCCUUACCAUUGGUUUGUCUGUAUUCCUAACACCCAUUUUGUGUCACAUUCCAAUGCCGGUUUUGUUUGGUGUCUUCCUGUAUAUGGGUGUGGCUUCGCUCAAGGGUUUACAAUUCUUCGAUCGGAUUUUAAUCAUGUUUAUGCCGGCUAAAUAUCAACCUGACUAUAUGUUCCUUAGACAGGUUCCCAUUAAACGUGUUCAUCUGUUCACUCUCAUUCAAUUGACUUGUUUGAUUGUGUUGUGGCUGAUUAAAUCGUUCUCAUCGACCUCCAUAUUGUUCCCUCUGAUGUUGGUUGUUAUGAUUGGAAUACGUAAAUCAUUGGAUUUGAUAUUUACCCGCCGUGAACUCAAGAUACUCGACGACAUUAUGCCGGAGAUGACAAAGAGGCAAAAUGCCGAUGAUCUACAUCAUUUGGAUGCUGAGGUGGGAUUAUUUAGGAAAUUAUUACCUUGUUUUGGUGGUAGUGGCGCAGGGUCAAGCUCUAAAAAUGAGAAACCCGCCAAAAAUAGUAGCAAAAUCAACAUUAGAAAUGGUAGUUUAACACAAUCCAAUGAAAAAGAAUUGGAAGCACAAAGUUCCUUAUUGAAAAAGUAAAACCAAUCAGAACAAAAACAAUUUUGCAUUUAAUUACAAAUUGAAAAUUACAAAUUUUAACAAAAAAAAACAACCAAACAAACAAAUGCAAUGCACUUUUUACAACAAAUAAGCAAACACAUUCUUUGUAUCUCUUCUGCUGCUAUCACAAGUAGCAAAGGAAGUUUAUCACCUCCAUCCAUCACUACCAUCCCUACUAAGGAGUCAACCAGCCACCCCACUCACUACUUAUGUAUGUUUACUUUGCUACUAUUUGCACCUUUAAGUGGGAAAAGGUUUAAACUUUUAAACUGUUUAAUUAUUUUAUUUUAUUCAUUUAACUUGAAUUAUUCUUUCUCUAUAUCCAAAAAAUGAAGUGUUUUAUUAUUUUUCUAUGUGUAUUAUUGCACUGUAGUUAAUUUUUUUUUUGUUUCUUUUAUACGUAAUAAUUGCACUGUAGUUAAUAAAGUUUAAAUUUUAUUUUAUUUUUACAAUUAUUAUUUGAAUUAGUUUUAAGUAUACUAUUUUGUUAUAUGUCUCUGUAUAAUAUAAUAAUGUGUAAGCAAAUCAGUAUUUGUUAAAACAAUUUUAUUUUAUAAUUUUAAUUUUUAAUAACUUUUUAAUUUUUAAGUAGGCAUGCAUUUAUGUGCAUUUGUUUUAUAUUAGCAGCAUUUUAAUUUAAUUAUUUUUUUAUAAUUAUCCAAUUUUACAAGUUCAAAAGUCAUUUUAUUAAAUAUUUAAUACCCAUCCACAUUUUUAAAGAUUUUCUUUAAGUAUUUAAAAUUGUUGGCUUAAUUUUCCUAGAUUUUAGUUAUAUGUAUUUUAAAAAUGUUUACAUUUGUAGCAAACAAAUUUCUUUUAAUUUUUAUUUUAAAUUAUUACUUUUUAUUUGUAUUUUAUUUCUUUCUGAAAUAAAAAGUUUAAAAGAAAAAAGCUAAGUCAAUAUAAAAACGUACCUAAACACGUAUUAUGUAUUAAUGCUAUAAAAUAUAUUUUAUAUUUAAUCAUAAAUUCCAAAAAAAAAGAAAACAAACCACAAAAAAGACAAUGAUUUCCUAACAAAAAAAAUCUAUUUAAUAAAAAUAAAUCAGCAAAAGUUUUUUUAAAAUUUUUAUAUAAAACAAAAAGUUUUGAACAAAAUUAAACAAAAAAUAUAAAAAAAAUCAAACAUUUUAAACCCAAUUGUUAUUGGAUCGGACUGUCAGCGAGUCACUCAGUCAAUCGGUCAAACACUCAAACAUACAAUACAUAACUACCUACCUAGCUGUUUUAAUUAACCAUAAGCUUUAUGUAAUCGAAACUUAAGAAAAAAGAAAUUUACUUUUAAGUAAUUGUUUUUUUGAAAUAUAAAUACAUACUAUAGUGAUUAAAUAAAAUUAUUCACAAAAAAAA